AUGGUGCAGCUCGGUGUGAGGCCGAUCGAGCGAACACGAAUCGAUCGGUUGACAAACGGCAAGCAGGCAGCAACAUCGGCUCCGAUGCGACAAACCGACACCGAAACGACUAUCAGAGCGAAUUCCUCGCAUUUUCUGACAAUUCCUGACAGUCGUAUCGUUCCGCCAUUCCGUACGAACACUAUAUCCAUCUUCUACUCUGACCUCUCGGAUCUAUCCCUAGCGUUCACUUCUACCACCUAUCUUUCGCCUGCAAUCCCGAACACACUACACUUCGCUACCGUAUCAAUCGACUUCGAUUGA